AUGCGAACACAGUUUGCAAGGCUUGCAUUGCGGAGCAUCGGAUCAGCGUCCGGCCGCGCCGCACGACCCACAGCUGCGCAGGCUGUGCGGCAUAGUCCGAGGACACAGACACUGAGCACGAGCGCAUUGCGGCCGGCCGAAGCCACGACGGCCCACUCGUCGUUCAAGGAUCCGGCCGUUGAGGAGGCACAGCGGCAGCUCGAGCUGGGCACGGCCUCGCUCGAGACGGGCGAUGUGGCGAGCGCCAAAGCUGCCUACGAGCGCAGCAUCGAGGUCAAAGAGACGGCUUCGGCGAGGUUCAAUUUGGGCGUCUGCCUCUACCACGAGCAAAACGUCGAGGGCGCCAUCGAGGCAUGGAAAAGGACGCUGGAGCUGUCGCCCGAGGCGGCCGAUGCCCACACGAAUCUGGCAAGCGCCUACGUAAUGUCGAGCCCCACCCGGCCCGACUUGGCGGUGGACCAUCUCAAGCAAGCAGCAGCGAUCACACCCGGCGACGCAGAGAUUCAAUUCAAUCUGGGCGCCGUCUUGGAAGCUUGCGAGCAGCUGGAAGAAGCAACAAAGGCCUACGAGCGAGCCCGGGACGGCGGCAUUGAGCGUGCCCAGGACAACGUGCGGAAUUGCAAGGCGAAGAUCCUGGCCGUCAAGAUGGGAUUGGUGGGCGAAACGCCGGCAGAGGGACAGAGCGGACAGGCAAAGGAAUGA